ACAGAAAGCAAGACUUCCUCUGCUGAUAGGUGGAAUUGUAGGGUGUACUUUUCUCUUUACAGUUUUUUUUCUGUCGAGUGUUGGAAAUUUUCAUGAUUUGAAUUUGCAAAGAAACUUUAUUGAAUUUUCCUUAAGUCAUAAAUGUGUGUUUUGCGAAGCAGAUAUUGGACUUUGACCCAGGAUCCUGGCAUUUCAUUUUCUGCAAAGGCAGGGGAUAAGAACUGUGUUCUAAUUGGUUUAUGAAGUAACACUAAUGAUGACUGAUAUUCGGAGGGACAGCACAAGCAGUUUACAAAGAAAGAAACCACCAUGGCUAAAACUGGAAAUACCAUCUGCAGCUAUUGCAAAUGAGGAACCAAUUUUUGUCCAGCCUUUUAAGCGCCAGACUUUUUUAAGGAGUGUAAGUAUGCCUGUUGAAAACACUAGAGUACCUUCACCUCCAAAUGAGCCAAAGCGCCUGAUCUUACAACGGCAGACCUCAAUCACACAGACCAUAAAGAGGAAACAUGUCAUGUUUGAGCGAAUCAGCACUAUGCCCGUGAAAGGAUACCUAGCAGGCAGGAGGCCUAUACGUAUACGAAAGCAUCAAGCUUUGUCAGCAUGUUUUUGCAGGGGAACUGCUGACUGGUUUGGAGUUAGUAAAGAAAAUGAUACCACUCAGAAAUGGCAGAGAAAAAGCAUUCGACAUUGCAGCCUUAGAUAUGGAAAGUUAAAGCCUCAAGUAAUGAGGGAGAUGGACCUACCAAGUCAAGAUAACAUAUCUUUAACAAGUACUGAAACUCCACCACCUCUUUAUGUGGGAUCGACACAAUUCAAUAUGCAGAAGAUUGUAGAUCCUUUAGCAAGGGGUCGUGCAUUCCGUAUGGUGGAUGAAAAUGAUGGAUAUAGCAUGCCACACACGCCAAUCACACCCGGUGGAACCUCUCUGUGCUCAUUUACUAGCUCUAGAUCUGGAUUUACUAAAUUUCCCAGGAGACGGAAAAAAGAAUCAGUAGCCAAAAUGAGCUUCAGAGCUGCAGCAUCACUUGUAAAGGGUCGCUCUGUGAAAGAAGGAACCUUACGCAAAGUACAAAGGAGAAGCUUCACUCCAGCUAGUUUUAUAGAGGAAGACACAAUGGAUUUCCCAGAUGAAUUAGAUACAUCCUUCUUUGCCAGGGAAGGAAUUCUUCAUGAAGAAAUGUACAGUUACCCUGAUGAAGUGUUUGAAUCUCCUUCGGAGGCUGCAAUUAAAGAGGCUGAGCAGGUUGCAAAGUCAAAAGAUGCGGAUGUGCGAACAGGAUGUGCCUUACGGAAAAGUGAAUUUGAAAAAAGCCAUUUGAUGCUGCCAUUGGAACGAGGAUGGCGUAAAACAAAAGAUGGUAAUUUUUUACAGCCAAAAGUGCGAUUAUGCCAGGAGGUAGUUACUGUUGGCUCUCAAAAGCGGGGACAACGCAUUACCAUCCCUGUGAAGAAACUUUUUGCAAAAGAAAAACGACCAUAUGGCCUUGGCAUGGUGGGAAAACUUACAAACAGGACAUAUCGGAAGAGAAUUGAUAGCUAUGUGAAAAGACAAAUUGAAGACAUGGAUGACCACAGGCCUUUUUUUACAUACUGGAUUACAGUUGUACAUUUGCUGAUAACCAUUCUGGCAGUAUGCAUCUAUGGGAUUGCACCAGUUGGAUUUUCUCAACAUGAAACUGUUGAGUCGGUGCUGAGGAAUAGAGGGGUUUACGAAAAUGUUAAAUAUGUACAGCAAGAAAACUUUUGGAUUGGACCAAGUUCUGAAGCAUUAAUACAUCUUGGAGCCAAAUUUUCACCAUGUAUGAGGCAAGAUCAACAAGUACACAGUUUUAUUCAAACGAAAAGAGAAAAAGAGAAACACUCUGCAUGCUGUGUAAGAAAUGACAAAUCUGGCUGUAUUCAAACUUCAGAGGAAGAGUGUUCGUCUACGCUUGCUGUUUGGGUGAAGUGGCCAUUUCACUCUAGUACUCCAGUAUUGGGAAACAAAACUGAAAGGUACCAUGGAUCUGUGUGCCACCAAGACCCCAGAUUUUGUGAUGAACCAGCCUCUGUCCCUCCUCAUGAAUGGCCUGAUGACAUAACAAAAUGGCCCGUUUGUACAAAGAACAGCAAUGGGAAGUAUCCUAAUCACCUGCAUAUGGAUUGUGCUAUAACAGGCAGACCAUGCUGUAUUGGAACAAAAGGAAGGUGUGAAAUAACAUCUCGAGAAUACUGUGGUUUCAUGAAAGGAUACUUCCAUGAAGAAGCAACGUUGUGUUCACAGAUUCAUUGUAUGGAUGAUGUUUGUGGACUUCUACCAUUUCUGAACCCAGAAAUACCAGACCAGUUCUAUAGGUUAUGGCUUUCUUUGUUCUUGCAUGCAGGGUAUGUACUGUUUGUAUGUAUUUUUAUUUUAUGACAAUUCAUGACAAAUAAUGUACACCAUUUUAAUAUACAAGGAUAAAGGAAACACAUUGCAUAUAUGUAUACGUACAUUGGGUUCUAGGCCAAAGUUAACAUUGUCU